AGUUCACAGUAGCUUAGACGGUGUUGUGUUGCCCACCGUAAAGAUUAAUCAUCUCGAGAGCUGAAAUGCAUCGUCCAGCGGAUGGAUAUUCACAGGGAUAGUAUGUACAGCGCUGAAUGACGCAGAGUAGAAACAGCACGAACCAGUGUAAGUACACCGAGGCAUGAUAUAUGCGGUCACUUAAUAACUAUUCAAUCAGGCAAGAGAACUUGUACCGUGCUCAUUUACAGCGUCGACGCCCGGCACUUAUUGCGCUCACAUCUCAGGUACGAGCACAUCGACGGGAAUGGCGACCUCAAACAAUCUGCAGGUUACAUAUGACAUUAUUCUCCAGUUGCUGCACCCGGCAUAUCUACAGGUUCCAGGAAAAUGAGUAUACUUCUAUGCUGUACACUUUUAUCUUGUACGGCGAACGCAAAACUACGAGAGCGACGAGGCGAAGGGGCUAAUAUGCAUGACUUACUAUACAAUGAGAUCCAGAUCUAGCAUCAGA